AUGAAACGACCAAGUGUCAAAGUUCUUCUUUCUGCAGCAGUUAUUCUCUGCAUCCUUUCAACAGCUGGUUUGAUAGCAUUGAUUGUUGUAUGGCAACAAAAACUAUCUCCAUUUCAAGACUAUGCCCUGGUCGUCGAUGCUGGUUCAACUCAUUCGAAAAUCUUUCUCUAUACCUGGCCAGCAGAUAAAUCCAAUGGACUCGGAGUUACAUCUCGUGUCACACAAAUCAAAUCCUGUAGUCCAGGAGGCGGUGCGAUCACGUCGAUCACUGAUCCAACUGAAGACAAUGUCAAGAGAUAUUUUAAUACGGCAAUGGUCGAUUGUAUGGAUUCGAUUCCAUCGAAUCGAAAAGGUCGAGCAUUAGUUUUUCUCGGCGGUACGGCCGGUCUUCGUUUAUUCGAAAUGAAAAAUGCCAGUUACACAAAUGCGCUAUUGAAAAGUACACGUCUUUAUUUCGAUACUCUCGGUCUUCUCUUCAAAGCACCUGAAAAUCAAGUUCGAAUCAUUAGCGGAAGUGAGGAGGGUUUAUCUGGUUGGAUAUCAACAAAUAUGCUUCUGGAGGAAUUAUAUAAAAAUAAUAUCCCAUCACAAACAUACGGAGUGACAGAUAUGGGAGGUGCAAGUACACAAAUAAGUUUUUACUCACCAAACGCGACCAACGAACGUUAUGAUAUGAGUUUAUUCAAUACCGAAUAUGAUAUUUAUUCUCAUUCAUAUUUGUGCUAUGGAGCUGAACAGUUUCGUUAUGUUUAUCUCGGUCGGAUAAUCAAUAAAGCUGGUGGUUCUGAAACAAUUUACGAUCCAUGUUUUCAAGAUGGAUUUUUUCAGAAUUUUUCUUAUAGUGAUAUCUUUACGUUACCUUGCGUUCGAGCUCAGUCACCACCAUCACCAGAACUCAAUAGAACAUCGACUUUUUCAAUCAUUGGCACGGGAAAUUAUUCUCAAUGUUUCGCGAAUGUACAACAAUGUUUGAAUACAUCAGAAUGUAGCUUCACAAGCUGCAGCUUCGACAAUGUCUAUCAACCGAAACCAAUCGAACCGUCACUCAAAUUUAUCGCUAUUUCAGCUUGGUAUUCAACAUUUAACAGCUUAGCUCAAAAUGUGACUGUGUCACCAAACAAAGAUGGAAAUUACGACUUCAAUACGACGAAACUUUCCGAUAUCAAACGUGCUAUUGAAGGGAUAUGCAAGCAACCAUGGGCUGUUGUUCCAAAUCCCGAUAAAUAUCGGCCAUUAUUAUGUUUCAAUUCUAUGUAUCAUUGGACAUUGAUGGAGUAUGGAUACGGAAUGAAUGAUGAUAAUAUGAAAAAUUUUCAUAUUAUCAAAACAGUUGGCGGUAGUGAGAUUGGUUGGACAUUAGGUUAUAUGAUCAAUCAAACAAAUUAUUUGGAGCCGGAAUAUCGACCAGCACGAUUAUUAACGAAAGGAGAAUUCGGUGGUUUAUUAUUUUUAUGCUUAUUUUUCCUACUUGUCAGUAUAAUCAUGGGUAUAGUGUCAAUCUAUUUUUGUAAUCGACACCGCAAUUAUCGACAAACUUAG